CAGCUCUGCACCCAAUUCAAACGCAGAAAAAACUCAAAAACCCACCUCCAAUGGAAACUCCAUCUCGCAAAUCUCUAAUCCUUCUCUCUCCAAAUUCACACACUCUCACCGACUUCAAUUCAACGUUCAACCAUCUCAAUACCCUCAUUUCAACCCCAAUUCCCCAUUCCUUCACCCCCAAUCGUAAAAAAAAUCGACUCAAUUUCUCAUCCACCACCAUCUCCAAUCACGAACACACCAAACCCUCGGAGAAACCCCGCAAUUGGCUCAAACCAGCCACCAGAGGCUCCCCGGCCGUCCACGCGCUGUUCAAAAAUCUCUCCGUUCUCGAGAGGGCGCUCAUCGGCGCCGGCGCCGGCGGCAUUGCCGGCGCAUUCACCUACGUCUGCCUCCACCCCCUCGACACGAUCAAAACCAAGCUCCAGACCAAGGGCGCGUCGGAGAUUUACAAGGGCGCGUUCGAUGUCGUCGUCAAAACGUUCCAGAGCAGAGGAGUCCUCGGGUUCUACAGCGGCGUCUCCGCCGUCAUCGUCGGAUCGACUUUCUCCUCCGCCGUCUACUUCGGCACGUGCGAGUUCGGCAAGUCGAUCCUCUCUCAAAUCGGCAACUAUCCGGUUCUCCUAAUCCCGCCAACAGCCGGUGCGAUGGGUAACAUCGUCUCGUCGGCAAUUAUGGUGCCGAAGGAGUUGAUCACUCAGCGAAUGCAGGCCGGUGCGAAGGGGAGAUCGUGGGAAGUGGUGCUGCGUAUUUUAGAGAAAGACGGUUUCUUAGGUCUAUACGCCGGCUACAGCGCAACACUCCUCAGAAACUUACCCGCUGGUGUUUUGAGCUACUCGUCAUUCGAGUAUUUAAAAGCUGCGGUGUUGAGGGAGACUCAAAAGGCGAAUUUGGAGCCGUUUCAGAGCGUUUGCUGCGGGGCGUUAGCGGGGGCGAUAUCGGCAUCUUUGACGACACCUUUGGAUGUGGUGAAAACUAGGUUAAUGACUCAGGGGCAUGGUGAGGCUGUGAAUAAAGUUGCUGCUGAAAUGUAUGGUGGGGUUCGGUGUACGGUGAAGCAGAUACUUAAGGAAGAAGGGUGGGUUGGGUUCACACGAGGGAUGGGGCCGCGUGUUUUUUACAGUGCAUGCUUUUCGGCUAUAGGUUACUUUGCGUUCGAGACUGCUCGGCUCACGAUUUUGAAUCGGUAUCUCGAGAGGAUGGAGCUUGAAGAAUCGGUGGGUUCUUCUGAUUCAUCAAUCAAGAACAAAGCUGAUGAAUUAUGAGUGGAGAAUUUGGAUUUAUGUUGAUUUUGCGGUCUUUCGAAGGGGGUUGAUUUGUAAUAUUAUGUUUCUGAAAACUUGGUUCGAUAUCUUCAGCUUUGAGGUAAUUCGACCGGUUUUGACUCUUGGUUUUAUUGUUUUUUUGUAGCUAAUAGUAUUACGGAUAGUUCGAUGAUGCAUAACUGUUUAUCAAAUUUGAAGCGUUGCCAUGUUGAAUAAGCGCAUUAUUUGAACUCUGAAUUUUUCCCAA